ACUUUAUUUUUUUAAUUUGAUAAUAUUGUUAGACCGAAUCACCUUCAUUGACUUUUAGCCCAUUUUUCUCCUUUGAUCUCUGCAAUUACCUAAAGCUUGAUGUCAACCUGAUGAAGAUAUGUCUCUGUGCAGACGAUUUUUCCCAUGUCACAUAAAACUGCCCUAUUCUUCACAUUCAUUUUCAGCUGGAAACAACUACUAUCUUCGUAAAAGAAGAAAAUGGCCACUUUCACCUUACAAAGCCAAAUGGCAACAAACCUUUACUCAUCAAUUAGCAAUGCAAAAAUUGAUAGAAUCAGUUAAUAAAUACCCUAAAACCCAUCUUCUAUCAAUUCUUAUUGACUCCUUUUCUGCCUACCAAUCUAACCCCACUCCAAAUGCAUACUAUUUUAUCCUCAAAAUACUUACCCAGAACCCCUCCACAUGGGAUCAAAUCCCUCAAGUUCUUGAUCACAUUCGCAAAGUUGAAAACUUUGAGACACCUGAAUACAUAUUCACUUAUUUGAUUAAGUUUUAUGGGGUUUCUAAAAUGAACUAUUUGGCAGUUGAGAUGUUUUUCACUAUGCCAGCUUUUAGAUGUAACCCAAGUGUGAAAUCUUUGAAUGCUUUGAUUUGGGUUCUCUGUAACAACAAUUGUGAUCUCAGGAUUGUGCUCCAGGUUUUGGUUAAGAGUCAGUUUAUGAACAUUUGGGUUGAAGAAUCAACGCUUAUGAUUUUGAUUAGAGCUCUUUGUACCCUUGGAAAGGCAAAUAAUGCUGUUGAUUUGUUGCAUUUAAUGGUGGAUAGUGGGUUUAAUCUUGAUGGAAAUAUUUGUUCUUUGAUUUUGUCUACAAUGGCUGAAGUAAAGGAGUGUCAAGGGGUUGAUAUUUGGGGUGUUUUGGAAGAAAUGAGGAAGUUAGGAUACAGUCCAAAAAGGGUGGAUUUGUGCAAUGUGAUGAGGUUUUGUGUGAUAAAUGGAAAAGGGAUGGAUGCUUUGGAGGUAUUGAACAAGAUGAAAAUGAGUAGAAUGGUGCCUGAUAUUGUAUGUUAUAAUUUGGCUUUGAAUGGAUUGAUUUUGGAAGGGGAGUAUUCAAAGGCAGAUGAACUGUUUGAUGAAUUGCUUGUACUGGGUUUGGUUCCUGUUGUUGUUACUUAUAAUGUGUAUAUUAGUGGCUUGUGUAAGCAGGAUAAAGUGCAUGAGGCAUUAAGAAUGCUUCGUUGUAUGGAGGACUUAGGGUGUAAACCUGAAAUGAACACUUACAACACAAUAUUAGAGGCUUUGUGUAGGAGUAGGACGAUGUUAUCUACUGCGAAAGAAGUUUUUGGGCAAAUGAAAUUAAAGGGUUUGCAACUCAGUUCACAUACGUAUGAGCUUGUAGUUAACUGCAUGAUUAGAAAUGGUGAAGUUGGCGAAGCGUAUAAUCUACUACAUGAGAUGGUUGGCAUGGGCUUCGUUCCUCGCUCGAUUACAUUUGAUGGAUUAAUUCAUCUUUUGUGCCAGAGGGGUUGGUGCUCCGAGGCGAUGGAAUUGCUAAGCGUAAUGGUCACCAUGAACGUUGUCCCUGGAGUUAGAUCACGGGAAGCGUUAGUCGAAGCAUUAUCGGAUUCCUCAAAAAUGAGGAACAAAGAAAUGCACAAGUAAAAGUUGCUUCCUGAAUGAAGGUUACUAAAUAGAAACAAGAGAGAUCCAUUGAACAAUGAUUUUUUCGUGUUGUCUGAAUUAAGAAAAUAGAUUGCCUAAUUGAGUUGAUUAGAUCAAUUACUUGGAAAAUGAAUUUCUGGGCAUUGCUGCAUCCAACCAUGAGGUGAUAUAAGGCCAUGCUGAGACUGAAAUUGCAUACAAAAGAUAUACUUUGUACUAAAAGAUUUAGUUGAUCAUGGUCUAGCAACCUCAUCCUACAUCAAUCCCCAGAAAUGUUCAGAAUUACUAUGUAUAUAUUUUUUCAAAAAAUCCCACAUGCUACUUUUCUGGUUUU